AUGUUGCAGUCAAACCCAGCGGUGAAGAAAUUCUUCCCUUGUAUCCGCUACCUCGAAGACAGUGCGGUGGCGAGUGAGCCGUCGGUAAUAAUCAGCGCCCAGAAGUGCAUCGAAGACCUGCAGUCGCUGGUGACGUUCAUCUUCGAGGAUAAGAACCUGCUUCCUGCAAUCGAGUCCAUGUCACAGUUGCACAUCUACCGUAGUGCGGGCAAGGUCAUGUGCAAGGAGUUUCUAACCGAGUUUGAAAAGCAUCUCGAAGAAGUUCCAUCUGCGACGCCUGAAGAAGUCCGUGAUGCGUGGAAGGUUCUGUUCCUGAUCAUUGAAUCAUAUGCCAGUUCGAUGACUUGA